CGCUGCUACCAUGCUUCUCAUUGACGCCGACAUAGUAUCCCUCUCCCGCGAUGUUCGCCAAAGCGUUCCUUACUCUUGCUUCUCUAAUCGUCGCCCGCCUCUUCUGGCGGUUCGUCAAUCGUUUCGUGCUUCGGACGCCGUUGGACAAUAUUCCUGGACCGGCGUCGCCCUCUGUUUUGACAGGCAAUUUCCAGCAACUGUACAGCGUUAGUGGGUGGGAGUUCCACGCCAAGCUGGCCAGGGAGUACGGGUCUGUGGUGCGGCUGACCGGUCCUCUGGGGGAAAGGCAGCUCUACGUGGGGGACCCCAAAGCGCUCCAUCACAUCGUGGUCAAGGAUCAGGAUGUUUAUGAAGAGCAUCCCCAAUUUAUUUCGACGAACAGCCUCAUUUUUGGGAACGGUCUCUUGUCGACCCAGGGUGACAAGCAUAAGAAGCAGCGCAAGCUCAUGAACCCUGUCUUCUCAACCGCGCACAUGCGCAAUAUGAUUCCCAUCUUCUACGAGGUCGUAGACGCUCUUCGCGCCACGCUCGAGAAGCAGACCGAUCAGGGUCCCCUCGAAAUUGACCUCUUGUACUGGAUGGGCCGCACGGCCACCGAGCUCAUUGGCCGCAGUGGCCUUGGUUAUUCCUUCGACUCGCUCGCGCAGGGCGCGCCCGAGCACCCAUACGCGACCAGCGUCAAGGAAUAUAUCCCGACGAUGUUCCGCCUGCAAAUCCUGCGCGUCUACGUCCUCCCCAAGGUGUACAACCUCGGCCCCGCCUGGCUGCGCCGCGCAGUCGUGAACCUCAUCCCGUCGUCCACUAUGCAUGCUCUGCGCGAUAUGUCGGAUUUGAUGUGGAACACGUCGAAGGAGAUAUAUUCCCAGAAGGUGGCGGCGUUGCAGGCGGGCGACGCAGCGGUGGCCAAGCAGGUUGGGCAGGGGAAGGAUCUGCUGAGCUUGCUCAUCCGCGAGAACAUGAAGGCGGGUGACCCGCUUCCUGAGGAGGAGCUGCUUGCGCAGUUGACCACGCUGGUCUUCGCCGCGAUGGACACGACGUCUUCUGCGCUUUCGCGUACAUCGCAUCUGCUCGCCACGCAUCCUGAGGUCCAGGACCGUCUGCGAGCUGAGAUCCGCGCUGCUAUGGAAGAGCACGGGCAGCUCUCCUACAACGAGCUCGAGUCGCUCCCGUACCUGGACGCUGUUUGCCGGGAGACCCUGCGUCUUUACCCGCCUGCUCCCCAGCUCCUGCGCAGAGUCAAGAAGGACGUCGUCCUGCCCUUCAGUAAGCCCAUCAUCGGCGAGGACGGGCGCGAGAUGUCCGAGGUUCUGGUCCCGGCGGGCACGGUCGUCGUCAUUGCGAUCAUGAACGCGAACAGGAACAAGGAGAUCUGGGGUGAGGAUGCGGAUGAGUGGAAGCCUGAGCGCUGGCUCGAGCCGCUUCCUGCCUCUGUGACUGAUGCCCAUAUUCCCGGCGUCUACGGCAACCUAAUGACCUUCCUGGGCGGGGGAAGGGCGUGCAUAGGCUUCAAGUUCUCCCAGCUCGAGAUGAAAGUCGUCCUGGUCGAGCUGCUCAACGCCUUCAAGUUCUCCCUCAGCGAGAAGGAGGUAUCGUGGCGCAUGAGCAACAUCGUUUCGCCCUUCAUCAAGGAGCAGCCGGAGAAGUCGCAGCUUCCGAUUAUUAUCUCAAAGGCUGACUGAGGGUGCUGAAGCUGGAGCUCGGGGGAUGUCUGAUGGAACCUUUACGCCUAAUAUCCCUUUGGGUUGCUACCCUCUGGCUCAGUUUAAACCCCAAAAUUCUGUCAAUGACCUUCUGCAUACCCUC